AUGUUCUAUCACAAUAACUUCUUAGUCGCUGCCGGUUUGCGGCUGGACGAGGACAAAGAUUCAGCCAGAAGUAAACUGAGAAAAUCUUGGAAAGGAGACAUGAGCUCGUCCAGAUUUGCAGAUACUCUCUGGAAGGAAUACAACAAAUCUGGUGCCGAGAAAAGGGCAGACACACUAAAAAAUGCCCCGAUGUCCAGAGCCUUGGCUGAGAAGCCGGCAGCCAAGAAGCGGCCGACAAGAACUAGUGAAGCUCCUCCCCAUAAAAAGGCAAAGGGCUUCACAGCCAAGAAGAAGAAAUCGACACGGCCGGUUCCUAAGGUCGUGAUCGAUAUUCCGGCCAAAGAGGAGCUCACGGCCAAAGAGGAACUUCCAGAGAUUGGCACUCUGGCCCUGCUCUUUGCUCGCAGCAUGAUAACUGAAGAUUGGGCGAGGGAGCUUAGAAAAGAAAAUAAGAAGCUUGUCCAGGACGUGACCGAGGCUGCAGACCAUGCUCAGUUCUCAAUGGCCGAGCAGGAGGUGCUGCACCAGCAAUCCAAGCUAGCUUGGGAAAAACGAUCAGCCGACCUUGAAUCCCAAAAUAAAACCUAUCUCCUUCAGCUGACCGAAAUGCUGGACGAGAGAGCAUCUUUGGAACGCUUCCUUAUGGACGAGAGAAACUCGGUCAUGACUGUGGCUGCCGAGUUUUACCGAGAGAACCUUGUCCUGAAGGUAAAAAACCAAGCCCUCCGAGCUGAAGUCGCGGCCACGGUUGAAGCGGCCAAGGAGGCUAUGAAUAACGUCAUUGAUACCUCGAAAAACUGGGCUGUGCAUACCUUUGAGAUGAUGGCUGAGGAGGAGGAUAUCCCCAGGUAUGUACACCGGCGGGAAUUCCAAGAGAGCCUGCACAAGGCCAACAUCAAAGGGGAAGAGCCCCCCGUCUUUCAAGAGUCUUCCGAAGACGAAGAAGAAGAAGAUGUUGAGGCCCAGGAAGAAGAGGAUAAUAGCCAUCCCGACGCUUAG